AUGGGCGCCAGGCUGCUGCUCCUCUCCUUCGACUGCCCGGCCGUCGCUGGCGGGCGGCGGUCUCGUCUGUCUGCAGUGCCACGGAUGUCUUCCGGUGCCCCCCUCGUGCGGCCCCCAGCCUCAUCCGUCUGCGCGUUCGCGGUCACCGCCGCUAGAGGCAACCUGCCGCACCACACCUCCGUGGUUGUGCUGCCCGCAAAGAUCUUUGUAUGUGCCUGA